GAAUAUUGUAAAUCGUCUCUCCCUCUCUCACGCACGCACGCACGCACGCACGCAUAGAGACACGCAGAGUGAUACGAUUCUUUUGAGAAUCUAUCGGCGGAUUCUACAAGCUGAAUAAUUCCAGAACUGCUAACAGAUGGAAUUUUGCAAUAUUUUUUCAGGCUCCUUUGUCCCAGAAACAAUGAACCACCAAUAUGGUGAAGACCAAGAUCGAGUGAGUGUAGCCGGAUUUGAUAUCCCCAGCUCUCCCGAAGCAAGUUACAACAACGUCUACCCUGGAAAUGAAGACGAGGGGCGAGAACCACCAUCCCUACCUCCCCAUCUGCAGCAUACUUUGUUGAAUCAACCUACGAUGAGUGAUCCUUGUGCACCCCUCCCAUCACCACAGAAUGUUACACUAAAUCAUCUUUACAUAGAGAAUCGAGAACAUCCUCGCACAGUAGUUGCACUUGGGGUCACUCAUCGUUUUCGUUCAAAAUUUGUCACUGUUGUGCUCUACAAACCUGUUCCAAGAAGAUGAAGAUAAAGCAGCAGCAGCAAGAGGUGAUUUUCUUGAUCACGGACCUCACCAUCUCCUUAAUUUGGCCUUUCUUUUAUUUGUAUCAUUGUUUGAGUAGUGGUAGUAGGACUUAGCAAAACUUGAUUUAUUUAGCAUUGAAAUUUAUGUUUCAUCAGGUUGAUGUGGUGAAAAUUUAUGUGUUAAUUAGAAAUUACAUGUGAAGUAUAUAAAUAAUUACAGUAUUUAAAUAGUUUGAAAUAGAUCGGAUGCAGUUAAUUGGGCCUAA